CAUUAAGCACUUAGCUGCCUCUUAUUUUAAACAAUGAAAUAAGUGAAAUGGAAAGGCCAACUUUGUCAUCAGCCGCCAAUCGAGAAUCCAAGGGAAAAGACGGGGGGAAACCGUGAGCGGGAGACUUAGGGUAAUACCUGGCACAUUAAACGUAUCGCCAUUAAUGAUGGGCUUUUAUUUCUGUAGUGUAGAAUCUUCUUCACCAAAGCACAAACAUAGUACGGAUGAUCAUAGGCGAACCCGCUGUAGGUGGGGAGCAAUUAUAUGUUUGGAAUUGGAAUAUUUGGCCGAUCGAUUGAAUUCGUCAACUAUAUAUAUAUAAGCUUAGCUUGGAAUUAAGCAUUCAUACGUACCAAGCUAGCAACCAAAAAUUACUAUAUAUCAUCAGAAAGAUGAGUUCAUCAUCAUCAUGGAAUAGAUAUAGUCACCACCAGGUGACGAUCGUGAUGGUGGUGGUGGCGGCGGUCUUGUCAGUGAUGUUGCCCGGAGUUCCGACCACAUCGGCUGACGUAGCUGGGAUUUGCAACGGCGAGUCGUUCCCCGACGGCGAUGCGCGGAUCUACUGUAGUUUCGCUCUGUUCGAUAAGUUGAUUGGGGACACCCCCGUAAAGAUGGGUGGGUGGUACGAUACCCAGGACUGCUCCGACGGCAGCCUUCUCUACGGUUUCAGGUAUGCAGAUGAAGGGGCGGGCGGGUGCCUUCACGAGGCCAAGAAUUACAUCGCCUACGGCCGGGAUUGCUACCACCGCAUGGGAGCUCAGGCAUGGUCCGCGGGAUGUUACUUGAGGUUUGAGAUUUACGACUUUGUAGUUGGUGGGAUUGUCUAAUUAACCCAUGCAUGAAUUAACCAUGCAUCAACUUGUGGUACGUACGGUAUUAUAAUUAAUUCUCAAAAUUUCUUAUGCUUUGAUUUGAUCCUCUUGGUAUGUUGGCUAGCAGCUGUACAAGUACGGCCUAUGAUUUAGCCAUUAUUAUUAGAAUUUAAAGUGUAAUGUGCAUAAAAAUUACCAUGUAUACUUUUUAUACGUUUAUUUUCUUCCUUUCAGUCCAUAAUAAGCAUGGUCAUGUGAUGCCAUUGUAAAGGGCUUCUUUUUUUUUACAUAUUAGUCUGGUUUACUAUCUUCCUAAGAUCAUAAAACUCAUGUAAUGGUUGGCACCCUUAUGAAUAAGAAAAUGAAGAGGAAUAAUUGAUUUUGAAGUUU